GCUUAUAUUGACAACAUCUAUGGAAUAAUAUUUAAAUUAUAAUGAAAUUCAACUUGUUCCAUGUAUCUAGUUACACAUUGUAAUUAACGUGUGACAAUUUACAAUGGUAGACUGACAUAUUCUAUAUGCUUUUUGUUGGUCAGAGUAUAGUAAAAUAUAUCGUGGUGGUGGUUAAAUGGAUUUGAGUUGACUUUGGGAAGAUUAAUAUAGGACAUAGUUUUAAGUGGUGAAGAAUAUUCGAAAUUACGAGUACAAUUAUAGUUUUGAACUGAGCACCACUGUAACCGUUUCUGUAUAAUUUCUUGUAUCCAUAUUGAUGUGAACCUCUAGCAAUUUUCACAUGUUCACUGAACCGAACAAUAAGAGCAACGAUUUUAUCUAUAUUUAUUUGUUAUUGAAUUUGGAGUAUUGCGAUAAUUAUGAACUCAACCAGAACACAUUCGAGACAGAGCAUACACAUAACAUCUGUAACUUUUUAAAGAAACAAUGGUGAGCCGACACAGUGACUAAAACGAUAACUAUUGUGUACAAAUGUAACUAAUCUAAUUAGCCAAUUAAUAAUGACGAUAAUUAGCACAGAGAAAUUGACAGAUGUUACCAGUAAUGUCUUUACACGGUGCGUAACAAAAAUAUAAUAUUUAAAAAAUGGUGGACAUUGGACCAAUCUGUUUGCUGUUUAAUCACUUUCUUAUUUCCCUGGUCUACGGACACCUCCACUCGUCUAGUGUAUCCUAUUUAGAAGCCGUCCACUAUGACAGAGAAUCACUCCAUCACCAGCACAGAACAAAACGAUCAACAGGAGAACUAGUUCAUCUUCAGUUUGAAGCUUUUUCAAGGAAAUGGUCUGUAAAACUGAAGCGAGAUGAAAGUAUAUUUCACAACAAUAUCAUCGUAGAGAACAGUAAAGGUCCGGUGACCUAUGACUUUGAUUCUGCAUAUACAGGGAAGAUUGACGGCAAAGUUGAGCGCCCUAAGGUAUGUAUCUUAUAUGGUCCGUUGACCUAUGACUUUGAUUCUGCAUAUACAGGGAAGAUUGACGGCGAAAGGUCACAUGUGUUUGGAACAGUAACGACAACUGGACAUUUUGAAGGUCAAAUUCAGCUUCGUAAUGACUCAUUUGUAAUUGAAAAAGCAUCUCGUCAUAAUGUUACAGAUCAAGACACCCAUACAGUGAUUUAUAAUGUUAAAGAUGUAAAUAUUCCAAAAGAAUCACAUUUAUGUGGCUUGAACGGAAAAAAUACGCAACCAAAACCGGAAUUAAGAGAAAAAAUAAAUACGCAUGACAGUAUGGAUACUGAUUUCAAACUUCGAUAUACAUCUGGAUUAAUCGACAAACAUAGAAGAUAUAGAAGAGCGGUUGAUCCUAAUAAAAAGAUAUGUGAACUGUAUAUUCAAGUUGAUCAUACACUUUUCUUUCGAUAUAAUAAUGCGACGGAUGACGUGAUAGCCAACAUAAAUAAUCACGUAAUGGCAGUUAAUUCUAUUUUUAAUGGUGUUGAUUUUGAUAGUGACAAUACACCAGAUAGUAUAGGGUUUUCAAUAAAGCGAAUAAAAAUUUAUGAUGAUCCUACAGCGCCUGGAUAUAAAUAUUCUGGCAAUCACGGAGUGAAUUCAAUGCUCUAUCUCCAUUCAGAAGAAAACUAUGAUCAGUUUUGCUUAUCUUACAUUUUUACCUACAGAGACUUUGAUAAUGGUAUUCUUGGAUUAGCCUGGACGGCAGAGCCAGGAACGUCUGGUGGACUCUGUUCGAGGUAUACGCUCUACACGGAUGGACGUCUUAGUCUAAACACUGGUAUAGUUACGAAUCUUAAUUAUGGUAAUGACGUCACCACAGCUGUAUCAUACGUCACGUUUGCACAUGAGAUUGGUCAUAACUUUGGAUCAUUGCAUGAUGAGUCCUCUAAUCCAACAUGUGCCCCUGGCGGAACUGGUGGUAACUAUAUCAUGUUCGCUCAAGCAACCGCUGGAACUAAAUCUAAUAAUGUAAAGUUCUCUCCAUGUAGUAUAUCAUCUAUGGCGCCAAUGGUUGCCACUCGUGGUCGCGAUACAGCUAAUGGAUGCUUUGUAGAAUAUUCUUCAGCCACAUGUGGUAAUAAAGUAGUGGAAAGUGGCGAACAAUGCGACUGUGGUUGGGAUGAUGAUUGUACAGAUCCUUGUUGUUAUCCAACACUAUCAGCUACUGGUCCUGACUCAGCUAAAGCUUGUCAGUAUAGAACUACGGCUACGUGUAGUCCCAGUGAAGGAGUAUGCUGUAAUCCCACUACUUGUUCUAAUUAUCUACCAUUAGAUAACAAAGUCUGUAGGACCAACUCAUCUUGCCUUGAUGAAGCAAUCUGCAAUGGUGGCCUGACAUGUCCAGAUUCCACAGAAUCAGCCAAUGGUACCGUCUGUGAUGAUGAAAAGGUUUGCUAUUUUGGGCAAUGUUCAGGUCAAGUUUGUGAAGCUCAUGGAUAUCAACCGUGCCAGUGUGAACCCACAACAGCGGGCAACUGGAAAGAUGAAUUGCUGUGUUCGUUGUGUUGUACUGAUCCAGAUGACAACACUUGCAAAACUGCUGAUCAACUUUCUAACAUAAAUGUAGCGUUUACUAAGGCUGUGCCAGGUACCCCAUGUAAUAAAUUUCUUGGAUACUGUGAUGUCUUUCAUAUUUGUAGAGAGGUUGAUCCAUCAGGUCCUCUCAGUAAACUAAAGAAUUUCUUCCUGAACGGAGAAUUAAUUGAUAAAGUUAAGGAAUUUUUAACAGAGUACUGGUAUGUUGCAAUAGCAGGAGGCGUUGGACUCAUUAUUAUAUUUGUUUUGAUGAUAAAAUGCUGUUCAAAAAGUACACAGGGCAAAGUACAACCAGAACCACGACGUGUGUCCGUGGAACCAUCACGUACAAGAUAUUAAUUAUUUUCCUAAACUGGUACAGUGCUGGCGUGGUGCAUCUUUAAUACAGUGCUAAAUAAUUGGACGAUUUGCUCAAUUGCCGUCCAGGAGAUAUCUGUGAUACAAUAUGUUUUCUUAUAUACAUUAACAUUUUUAUGCACGUAUAGAAGAGAGAUAAUAAUAAAUGUACAUAUGCGUAUGAAGCUUCAAUACAAUGAAAUGAAAUUCAUCUUUGGAUCAAUUAGUUAUUUCACAUUUAGAAAAUUGAGGAUAAACGCCUUUAAACGGUCUCGAUUUUUUUUUAACUCUUUAUCAUUCAGUGUUUUCACUUAUAAUUCAUAUACAGAUCAAGACAUUUUCCUUGGCAAACAUUAGAAUUUUUCAAAUGUUUUUUUUAUAAAACAAACAACACAUGAACCUUACUUUAUUCUGUAGAUUUAAUGUUUAAAUCAUUUUCUAUUGAAGGUGAUGUUAAUUGUAAUAUUUUUUUAGUUAGUAUCUCAUCAGCGAUCAUAAGUAAAGUAAACGUUACUUUAUAAUUACUUUAUUACUAAUAUUUCAAAUACGAGGUAGAGCCUAACUAUGAUUAGGAGAAACCUUUUUGAAUUAAUGGUUUUCAAUGCUCUUCAGUUUGGCCUUUCAACUGUUCUGAUUUCAGCACCACUGGUGAUACUGGUGUGAUGUACUGAAUUUAAAGUUUUCUAGAUUUGAUGUGUCAUUAUUUUCUAAAGUUACUCUCAAAGUUGAUAUAUACAUACUCAUAAUUAAAUAGUGCUAAUUCCACCUUCACGUUAAAUUGUAUAUGUCGUCUUUGAAUAAAAUACUUACAUGUAUAAGGUAAUUUUAACGGAAGAAAACUGCUCAUAAUAUAAAUAGUUCCUUAUAAUAAGAAAUGUUAGAUGAUCAACUAUCAUUUAUUUAUAAAGCCCUUUAUCAUAGUUUUACAAUUUUCAAAUGUUGACUGCAACCGUACGGUUGCCUAUAAUUGCUUACAUCCACUUCAUUUGAAAUUUGGUUGUCGCAUUGGCAAUUAUACCACAUCUCCUUAUAUUUAUACAAACAUCAUUCCACUUAAAGUUCUGUGUCAAACUUUUUAUCACAAUUAUUUAGACAUGAAUAACAAUUACAAAAACUAGAGUUCACCUACUGUAUAAUUUUAAAGCGCACCUUAUAAUGGUAUAAUAGUAAUCUAACUCAUUAAUGGAAUCAAGGCAAUACAAUAUAUGAAGGUGUCAUCCUUCAGAUGUAUUUUUCUUUCAAAUGUACAUUCUAUCUCUAGACACAAACAUGAAAUCUGGUAUUUUAAAAUCCAAAUUUAGAUGCAAUUAUUAAUUUUUAAGAUUGUUAUUAUUUUGUCAUAUUUAUUAGCUCUAUUACAUGAUUAUGUAUUCAUGCAUACAAUGGCAUUACCUUGUCACAAGAUAUUAUUUUUAACAUAUUGAACAAAUUUGAUCAGUUUAUAGAUUUUUUAUUAAUUUAAGAGUAGAAUUAAGAUUUGUACAUAUUCAUUUUUUUUAUAUUUGUUAAAAUAAUGGCUCAUCGCUCGUCAUACUUUCACCUUAGUCAGCUUACAUGUCGUUUAUUAUUUCCAGUUUAGUAUGCAUUUGUCACUUGCUUUGAAUAUGCAUGUUACAUAUUAUUAUCUUUUGAAUAGGAAUAUAUAAUCUACCAAAAAUAUAAAUAAAGCAUACACAUCUUCCUAAAGUGUUGAUGUGCAGUGUAAUUGUGCAUAUUUUUGUAAAGUUUUUGUUGCUUACCAGAAUACUUAUUUUAACUGUAUGACAAUAUUUCGUAGAUUCAUUACCAUUAAAAUAAAGGAUAACUAUUAAAUGUCCUCAUACGACUGAGAACGAUUUUUGAUAUUCGCAAAUACUGCAGGAUAAAUCAUAAAUUGCCCUAGCUUGACGAGUUAUGAUAAAUAAUUUAACAGAGAGGAACGCAUUACUUAUAUUGACAUCAAAUUAAAAAGUUUAAAAACUCCAUCUAGGAUUCCUUACUUUGGAUAGGCACUAAAAUCCCUUUCUUUGGAUAGGCACUAAGAUUCCUUACUUUGGAUAGGCACUAAGAUUCCUUACUUUGGAUAGGCACUAAGAUUCCUUACUUUGGAUAGGCACUAAGAUUCCUUACUUUUAAUAGACACUAAGAUUCCUUACUUUGGAUAGGCACUAAAAUUCUUUACUUUGGAUAGGUACUAAGAUUCCUUACUUUGGAUAAGCACUAAGAUUCCUUACUUAUAGGCACUAAGAUUCCUUACUUUGGAUAGGUACUUGCAUAUAUCACGGAGUUUGUUUGCGUUUCCAACUCUCCUUUGCUAACUUAAUCAUUUGGAAGAACAAAUUAAAAAUGUAAAUCAAAACUAAACAGACCGUGUUUUAAUUAUAUCACUCUAUCAUGUAGAUACAAAUGAAGGUAAAAACGAAAACUGAGUAAAUUGCAGUAAGUCUAAAAGGAGAAAAACCAGAUGGUAGACAGGAAUGGCGUCUCCUGCUGGUUGAAAAUAUAAGCUAUGAAUCAAUUGCUAUGAUUAUUUAUCAUCUCUUUAGAAUGCAUUCUCUACAUGCUCUAAUGGUCGUCAUCCGGAAUUGGUUUGGAGCUGGACAUAGAUUGAACAGUUCUCGAAGACUGUAUGCUAUUCUCCUCUAGUCAGUAUUUUGAUACAUUUAAACCGUGUGUUUGUUUUUUUUUUAAAUAUUUUCAUAUAACAUGAUGCAAUGUCAUGAUAUUCUUUAAAGUACUCGAGUUAUCAAUAAAGAAUGGAUAAACAUUUUUGGCGGAGACGAAUUUUCGUGGAUUGAAAAAUAUGCUGUUUUUUCCUUAAUUUUCAACAAAUUCUGCAUACAAGCGUAAAUAUGACUUGUACUUUGCUGAAAACUUUAAUUCAUGGUUGAACUAUACCAACGAAGUACAUCACUUUAUAGUUUGUGAAUUACUGACUCGAAGACUUCAGAAUAUCCUAAUUAGUAAAAUAACUAGCGUAUUGCAAUACAACAAUAGAAAUACUACAGACAACUAAUGUUGGUGAUUUUGGCCAAUUGUCCACAAUCAGUUAUAAUUUUUUAAAGUAUCAUUUGUCACUGUGAAAUACUCAUGUAUUGUUAAAUCAUUGUCACAUUUGCAUGCCUUUCUAAAAAGAAUUUUGUGUUUGACACCUCUGUUCUCACCCUAAUAAGUUUCACCUUAUCUGCAUACAACACAUGACUUUGUUAUUGAUAAAUGCAAUGUAUAGUACAUGCAUCUAAUUGAUAAAAAAAUGAAUUUUUGAAUUUC